AAAAAAGUGUACUUAACUAAUAGUUUUGCUCACAUGGAUUAAUAGUUGAACUUAAGUGUUUGUGAUCACACAGUAAUUACUUGUUAUAAUCACAUUAGGAAAUAAGUCUUUGAUUUUAACUGUAAAUGAUUCACCAACUCUAACCUCUCACAUUUAUUAUUUUAUACAUCUAGCAUUACAUAUUUACUUAGAUAGAUAUUUAGAGAGAAUUUCGUCUGUGAGUACACACACAAACAUAAAUUUCUCUCACAUGUGUACUGGACUAUAAACAGCUCUAAACAUGAACAGACCGCUACACAACCAACCACAAGCUUUUGCUCAAACAAAUGCAGCCUCUGUCCAUUUCAGAGAAAGACAUGCACAGUGGUUUUAGUAUUUUCCAACCACAAAGCUGAUGUUCACCUCGUUUCACUGCACCACCACAAACAGCCUCCUGCCUCUACUUGCUGCAUUGAGGCCACAAAGACAAGUUUUAUUUUCCAUAUGGCUGAAGUAAUCUCAGGGUGGACAAAUGAUAAGUUCAUCAAAAAAUCUGGUGUGAUGUUCAGUUCCAGUUUUUUGCCCCAAAAUGGACUAGGCAGAAGUAUAGCAGCUAAUGUACUGUAAUAAAGUAUAGUGAGCUAGCAUUAACAUAGAAAACAGAACACAAAAACAUUACAUGAUCAUGUAGCAUGUCAAUCAUGAAAAUGCCAACAAAGCCGACAUUCAAGCCAUGGGGUGUGGUGAUUUAUCACUGCAAGAUGUUACUCGAGUCUGGCCGCAUAUUUAUUUUCUCUCUUUAACUGUGAAGUGACUUUAUGUUAUGUUAGUAGAAGGGACAGUGUUAGUAUCUGCUUUAUUAUAAAUAUAGAAGAAGUAUGAUUAUUUGCUACAACUUCCUUACUGAGGCAGACCCGCCUUUUCUGAUUUUAAUCAAACAAAUAUCAGAAACCUUUCUUUAAUUCACUUAUACCUAUAUCAUAUUUACACUAAUUUUAAAAGACAGACAAAAGACAGAUUAUAGCUUACAAAGUUUUAGAAAGUGAUUUACUUUCUGAAAAUAUGCUAUAGAAUAAUUAUGUUUAUACAUAGCGUUAAUAUCCUCACCACACCCCCUACACACAGAUACAUCAUCAUUUGGUUUGCUGAACACACAGUUUCCUCUUUCUGUCUCACCUCAUACACAAUGCUAUCAGGCUCAGCAACAGCAAUGGUUCAGUUUAUGACUCUGUCUGUGUUCCUCUGCAUCACUGGUUUGCUCUCAGAGACUCUGAGCUCUUUAACUUUGGAGGCAGAAGCUGGAGAUAACGUCACUAUUUGGUGCCAACAUGAGGUGACGGUUGCAGGUUCUAUCUUCUGGUUUACACACACGAGUGAUUCAGUUCCACUUCUUCUUGGGUGUAAAAAAUUUAUAAACUCAGCUCCAUCAGAGCCGUGUUACUUCUUUAGUGAGAGUGAGAGAAUAGUGAUGUCUGUUCAUGGCAGUAAAACGUCUCUCACAAUCACUGCAGUAAACGUCUCUGAUACAGGACUCUAUUACUGCAGCGCCGGUGAUAAAAUGAUCUUCAGAAACUCCACCUAUUUACACGUGAAAGCAGGAAAUAACACAUUGUCUAUCUCAGUCAGAGCAGAAGGUUCAGUGUCUCCUGCUGUGGUCUUCAUGCUGAUUGUGGUGUUUGGUGCUAUGAUUGUGUUUCUUCUCGGUGUCCUGAUCUUCAUCAUACUGAAACACAGAAAAACACACAGAGGUCAUAUCACUGACAGACAUGAUGAUGAUGGUAAUGAUGAUGAUGAGGAGCCUGAUUUGGUGAACUACACUGCUGUACAGUUCCCCAAGAAGAAAACAAAGAAGACAGGAAGAUUUAGUGAAUUAAUAUAUUCAUAUGUCGUAUAUUCUGCUAUCAGAUAAUAAUUUAGUUAAUGUUGUGGUAACAAGCUGACAUAAUGUCUUGUAUAUAUACUGUAUAUAUAUAUAUAUAUAUAUAUACAGUAUAUACAGUAUGUUACUGUACUAAAGGUAAACAAUGUUCAUGUGAUAAAGGAGGUGGGCAUAGUUUACUGCUUUCUAUCACAACAGAAAAUAAAUAUGCCAUUUAAAAUAACUAUAUUAUGGUAAAUAUGUUGAUCUAUGGAAGCUUUGGAUUUAUCAAAAUGAUCUCAUUUACCCUGUGAUGUGUUACUGUCUAUCAAUCUGGUAUUCACUGUAAUAAAAUAUUUUUUAUUUAAAAAGAAACAUGUUUAAUUUUGUGAUGAAGAGUGUGUAAAAUAUUUGGGAUACUUUAUCCUGCAUAAAAAUGACAAAAACUGGAAUUUAAUGUUAUGUGUUAAUGUAAUGUGAUGUGUUUAAGGUUUUCUUGUAAAUCAAGUUGACUUAGGACAAAAACAUGUCCGCAUUUUAUAACUGUUCAGUAGUGUGGCUGUCUGGCUGCUAGCUUUUUAAAAGGAAACAGGAAAUAAAAUCAUCAUUUC